CUUCUGCCCAGCCGUACGGCGGCGGCGAAACCCACGUUAAACGUUCUUGACGACCUGGACGACUGUACAAUACCACUACAUGUCCCAGACACGAGAACCUCCACGGGAACAGCGACCAGCUUGGUAUCGAUAUUCGAGGCGACAAGUAACAUCACCCGUGAACUCGGAGACGACGCUACCAUCUCCUGCAGAGAACCUACAGCAGAUUGAGGAAGGCCAUAAUGACUUCGAUCCCACGAUAGGCUACCUAGGCCCGGCAUCGGAGGCAGGAGGGCAGGGGGACGACUCGCCGAGCGAAAAGAGUAGGAAGAGGAGGUUCGUCGGUGGCUUCGUUCGGAAUAUGGCAGGCUCCCUCCGUCAAUCGCUUUGGCCAAGGUGGGACCAGCACCCGUCACACCACCAACCACAAGCAGACUGGCAUCAAAUGCCAUCGACGCCCCAUGUACCCCACCCACCCAAUGAUCACUACCCCGCACAAAGCCCUGCCCAGCCUAGUAUGCGCUCCAUGCAGAGUCCGGCUAUUGAGCGCUGGGAGUAUUCGCCGAACUACGAAGGGGCUCAAUUCGUGUACGACCCUCCCAUUCCGCACGCAUCCGUCCCGCCACCUGUCCCUCCCGAGCUUGCCACGCCCUACGCCGGACCUGGAUCGGACACGCACCAGUCUCCCCCGCACGAGACCUGGGAUGGCACUACUGCAGUGCACCACGAGGUACGGCAGGAGGCACCUCCGAUCUCCGUGUAUCCGUAUCCGAUGCAGCAGGUCGAGAAACCUCUCUCCGACAGUCCAGCAGUGCCACCUCGCGGGGGACUAGCAGCGCGUAUUCGUACCUUCUUCAAAGAGCUGAAUAGCCUUCCUUGGAUUGCGCCUGAGCGCAUCACGGUCGACUACGUACCCGCACGCCUUCGGCAGCCCGGUCAAUCUACCCCCGCGCAGGGCCCACUCUCGUGGUAUGGUGGCCCUCCUGACGCGUCACGGUACACAGUCUUCAAUAAUCGCUACUCCGCUGCUUUCUCCAGUCCCUCCGACCCUUCGACAGAUCACCCUCGGGAGAUGUCGCAAGCGUGGGCGCCACCUCCCGGUCUCAGGACAUCACCUCAGCCAGAGGCGGUCCCUGCACCGUAUUAUGCCAACGUCGCCACGCCGUCCCCCACCGCAAAUGUCGUCGAGCUCGGUGAGCCGACAGUGACGAGCGGAUGGGGCACGUAUCCGACUGGGUACUUUCACCAGCCAGCCACGGAGCGCCCACAGGCGAGUAAUCUCUCUGUACCGCCUUUCCCGGUUCCUGGGUCCGCAACGUCUGCCUCUCCACAAAUGGCGCAGCAGCGGCCGAUGCCUUCUAUCUCGCGACCGCAGGCUACGUAUGCGCAUGUCCCAAUGAAGGGCAUACCACCGCCACCUUGAUUUCGUGCGCGAGCGUUUGCCAUUGCGGAUUCUUCUCUUUCCUGCUCUGACUUUGCGCUGUGCGCACUGGAACUACGAACUCUAGUACUGAAAUACUUACGACCCACGCGAUUCGAGAUGAAGUUGAAGCUACAGAUCAAAUGAAGGACUGAUAGUUACUACUGGUAGUAACACUUACUGUACUUAGUACCGACAAACGAAGAAGAAAGCAUAUUGGAAGCUCCAGUCUAA